GUGCUCGCCAUUAUUUCGGCCCUCCCCGUGGUCGAACUGCGUGGCGCCGUUCCGGUGGGUAUCUGGAUGGGUCUCCCUAUUGCCACGGUCUUGCCCAUCUGUGUGCUGGGCAACAUGAUACCGAUCGUGCCGCUCUUGUUCUUGCUACGUAACGAACGUUUGAAGAGUCUGAUGAGUCCCAUUUUGAAUCGGGCCGCCAAGAAAACCUCCGAGUUGGGUAUUGGGUCGGUCGAAAAACAGUGGGCCUCGUUGGCCGCUUUCGUUGGAAUUCCCUUGCCCGGAACGGGGGCCUGGACCGGAGCUAUGGGGGCCUUUUUACUGGGCAUGCCGACGCCCGUUGCCUUGAGUUCCAUUUUUGCCGGCGUCGUUUCGGCUGGCGUCAUUAUGAGUGCAAUUACCCUGGCGGGGAAAAAAGGU